AUAUGUUGGGAUAUCUAUUGUACAAAUUUGGAGAACCAAAGAUAGGUUAUGGAGGAGUCUUUUGGAUUGUCUUUGGAUUUUGUUGCGUUGCCUUUAUAUUAGGAAUAUUCUUUAAAGAAGAUCAUGAUUGGAAAAAAAAAUGAACAUAUUAUUCACAUUUAUGUAUUUUCAUAUCAUUAUUUUUAAAUUCUUUGACGAAUAACCAUAUUUAGUUGAUAAAAAAGAGAUGAGGAAUCAUUCAUGUUUCCCCUUACAAUCUUUAAUUAAUGAAACUAAACCCAUCAUUAAGGUCAAUUUACGUUGUUGUUUAUAAUUCUUUAACUUUCGAUUAAUUACUUAAUUU